AUGCUCAUAACAAUCAGACUCCCAUUCCUGGUUUUACUACUUGUGAUCUUACAAACCCACCUCAAAUUCUCAAAUGGGUAUUCAGAUUUGACCUUAAAUUCAACAAAUGGUGAAAUUUUGACAAGGGUUUGUGAUGAAAAGCUGGGAAAUUGCUCUGCUGAAUUAUCUGCUGCUGCCAUGGCAGAAGAAUUUGAGGUUGAUUCAGAGAUAAACAGGAGGAUUCUGAGUAUGCAGAGGAAAUAUAUAAGCUAUGAAACAUUGAAAAGAGAUGUUGUGCCAUGUUCUACACCAGGAUCUUCUUAUUACAGUUGUGGGGCCACCCCAGCUAACAGAUACAGAAGGGGGUGUAGUGUUAUCACUAGAUGUGCUCGAAUAUUGAAACUAAGGUUUAAGUUCAAUCUUCUUUUAUCCGCUUUCGAUUCAGAGAAGCUGAAAAGUGUUGCCCUUGAAUCCUUGAUGAUGGAUUAUUGGAUUGUUGUAUGA